CCUCCCCCCACUCUCUCGCCCCUCUCUCUCUCUCUCUCUCGUUUGUAGAGCCAUGGAAGGGACCCAAAUCUCGUUUGUAGCUACUUGGGUCUGGAAAGCACGCAAGGAGAACCCCAUCCGUCCGUGGAUUCCUUCCAUGGCCCAGAUUUUCUAGCCCCCCCUUCUCGCUUUUUGUACCUCUCUCUCUCUCUCCCCAUUAUCUAUUUGUACAUGUUUGCUCUCUCUCUCUCUCUCUCUCUCUCUCUCUCUAUCUCUCUCUUCAGUGGUAAUUAAUAUUUUCUAGUAUACAAACGUUGCAGAGGAAGAAAGGGUGUGUUUUGGGUGGUAAUGUGGUGGACUGGCUCUUCUAUUUUUAACCAUGGAUUCUUCUUUUUCUGGAUUUGUGCUUGAUCCGUCAAAGUGUAGUCAGUUGAGCAUGGAGGAGAAGAGAGAACUUGUAUAUGAAAUAUCAAAAUGGUCAGAAGGUGCCCCUGAAAUGCUAAAAUCAUGGAGUCGCCGGGAGCUUUUAGAGAUCCUGUGUGCAGAGAUGGGAAAGGAGAGGAAAUAUACUGGCCUAACAAAGUAUAAAAUGAUAGAGCACCUUCUUAGAAUUGUAUCCGAGAAGUCAGCGAAGCCCACCAAUAGCACGGACUCGGGGUCAAACCCACCACCCGCAAACCCCCAAAGCUCUUCCAAAAGACAUAGGAAGAUGGACCACCCAUCACGAUUGGCCAUUGCCGAGGGUGAUGGCAUUCCCGAUAAUCUAACAUACUGCCGGAACUCGGCCUGUAGAGCUUCCUUACGCCCACAAGAUGCUUUUUGCAAAAGGUGCUCAUGCUGCAUUUGUCACAAAUACGACGACAACAAGGAUCCAAGUGUUUGGUUGGUUUGUGAUUCAGAGCCUCCGUAUGAAGGAGAUUCAUGUGGCAUGUCGUGUCAUCUUGAAUGUGCUCUUAAGGAUGAGAGAGCUGGCAUUUCAAAGAACGGACGCUCUGCGAGAUUGGAGGGGAGUUUCUAUUGCAUAUCUUGCAGAAAAGUGAAUGACUUGCUUGGAUGCUGGAGGAAACAGCUAAUGAUUGCAAAGGACGCCAGACGGGUGGACAUAUUGUGCUAUCGGAUCUCUAUUAGCCAUAAGCUUCUGAGUGGAGCUGUGAAAUACCAAAAGCUGCACGAGAUUGUGGAUUCGGUGAUGAAGAAGCUUGAAGUCGAAGUUGGGUCUCUAAAUGGCUUGCCGAUAAAGAUGGCCCGUGGCAUUGUCAACAGGCUCUCUUCCGGCGCAGAGAUACAGAAGCUGUGUGCAUCUGCAAUUCAGAUGUUGGAUUCUAUGGCUUUUAGAGACGUGCAACCAUCCCCUCCUCGCAAUGUCCAAGAAUCCAGUUCAAUUCCCUGCAUUGUCAUCCGCUUCGAAGAUCCAUCACCGACCUCUGUUAGUCUGAUCUUGGGUUCCAACAGCCCUUCAUCGGAGGAGAUUGUCUGUUACACCUUGUGGCAUAAGAAAGCUGACAGCGCCGACUAUCCUAAAGAACCAACGUCUACUUUGUUCCGACCAAACACAAUAUUCUCAGUGUCGGAUCUCACUCCGUCUACAGAAUAUAUGUUCAAAAUCCAAUCUGUCAGCAACAAGGGCGAGCUUGAGAAGUGUGAAGUUAGAUUUACGACGAGCAGCACCAUGGAUGUUGUUAUGAAGAAUUCGACAGAUGAAGCAAGGUCGAUGGGACCUAAAUGCGGAAGUCCGAGAAUGAAUUGCAGCGGUCUAUCUAAUCCUUCUUCUGAUGGAGAUGAAUCCAAUAACAAGACUUAUGGGGACCUGAGCAAUUCACCCGGCAGUUACUCUGGUAAUUGCGAGAAAUCUGGUAAGUUAUCUGAUUGUGCCCACAAAGAAGUUGGCGGGCCCCAGGAUAUGAGCAUCAUUGUACUGCAGAGAGAAGAAUCUACGAUGCAAGAGGAGAUGCCGGGAGAUUCGGUUUCUGCCUUGGACGAGGAACGUGUUACUGGGGAAGCUGGUUCAGAACCCAACUCGACAAUCCAGUCAGAAUCACACAGAGAUUCCACGAAUUCAACUGAGGAAAACCAGGCAUCCGACGUCCCAAAAUCCAACAAUGACCGCCGUUUGAAAGGCCCAUUGCUUGAAGAGAUGAGCAUCAACUACGAAUCGAACGUGGCCAUAAUGGAGGUUGUACCGUUCAGGUCCUUUGAGUCCACCCUUCCCGUUACUCCCUGCAAGCUCGAAAUGGUCGGCCGAAUGAAACCCAUCAGCAGCGAACCCGAGAACCGUCCGACUAGGCCUGAGAAGGACCCACAAGCUGGCAGCUCAUCGAAGAAAAGAAGCUUUGGAAGAUUUGAAGAGACGUGCGACCGAGACGGAUCUGUGGAGAGAAAUUACGAGUACUGCGUGAAGGUUGUCAGGUGGCUGGAAUGCGAAGGGCAUGUCGAGAAAAACUUCCGAGUGAAGUUCUUGACCUGGUUCAGCCUGCGGGCGUCGCCACAGGAAAGGAGGAUCGUGAGCGUUUAUGUUGAUACUCUGAUCGAUGACCCAGCUAGCCUUGCAGGCCAGCUUGUCGACACAUUCUCCGAAGGUAUAUAUAACAAAAGGCCACUGCCCGUGACGACUGGGUUCUGCAUGAAGCUUUGGCAUUGAGGAUUCCAAUCAACAUCCCAACUGGUUGGGGCAGGUGGUUCCAUGGGAUGUGUUUAUCUGUAAUUCUUUCUAUGCAAAUUGAAUACUCUUUCAUUGGACGUGCCCCAAAUCAGAUUGAUUUGGGUUUGAAUAGCAGCUCAUUGUCAUUGAAACAAUCCAUUUCAAUAGAACAGUAGUUUUCUUGUCAUUGAAACAAUCCAUCUCAAUAUAACAGUAGUUUUCCAA